CCCAGGCCAGUCGUGUUUUUAAACGCAAAUAUUUUUUUUCUUCUUCUUUUAAAGCUUUUUGUGUAAAGUUAUAUAUUCUUUUUUUUACCAGUUGAACUGUAUUGAGCGUAGAUUAUAUCUAUAAUCCUCUCAUCCGUCCACUGUGGUGUGUCUUGGUGAAGUUGUCAGUAAUGUCCAAACAAACAAAAGGACAUCCUAAAGACGAGAGUGCUCGUCUCCCCAUCCACCGACACCAGCAGCAGCUGGUCCGGGCGGUCAGGGACAGCACCUUCCUGCUGGUCAGCGGGGAGACGGGCAGCGGGAAGACCACGCAGCUGCCGCAGUACCUGCACCACGCAGGUUUCUCUAAGGAUGGCAGGAUCGGGGUGACCCAGCCUCGCCGGGUGGCCGCCAUCACCGUGGCCCAGAGGGUGGCGGGGGAGCUGGGCUGCUCCCUGGGCAGGGAGGUGGGGUACCAGGUGCGCUUCGACGACUGCACCUCACAGGAUACGGUGGUGAAGUACAUGACGGACGGCUGUUUGCUGCGAGAGAUCCUGACAGACCCCUCACUUUCGAAGUACAGCGUCAUUAUAUUGGAUGAAGUGCAUGAACGCAGCCUCAACACUGACAUCCUCCUGGGUUUGUUGAAGAAUAACUUCUCCCAUCCUUCAAAGGCCAGUGAGGGACGCUCUUUCCCUCUCAAGGUCGUGGUUAUGUCUGCCACGUUGGAGAGUGAGAAACUUUCAGCUUUUCUCAGCGACUGUCCCGUCUUUGCUAUUCCUGGGAGGGUGUUCCCUGUAACCUGCACGUUUGGCAGGGCCAUUGGACCGAAAAAUGUAGAAAGCACUGCUUAUAUGAAAGAGGUGGUGAAAGUUGCCUUGGACGUGCAUACCAGUGAGAUGGCUGGGGAUAUUUUGGUGUUUCUGACAGGCCAGUCAGAGAUUGAGCAUGCCUGCGACUUGUUGUUUGAAAAAGCGGAGUAUAUAGACUAUCGAUACGAUGUGGAGGACCCGACUGUGGAAGGUCUUCUCAUUUUGCCCCUGUAUGGAUCCAUGCCCACUGAGCAGCAGAAGCAGAUCUUUCAACCACCACCUCCAGGAAUCAGGAAAUGUGUUGUAGCCACCAAUAUUGCAGCAACAUCUCUCACAAUUAAUGGCAUAAAGUACAUCGUUGACAGUGGUUUUGUGAAGCAGCUCAACCACAACUCAAGGGUUGGGAUGGAUGUGCUGGAGGUCGUACCGAUUUCAAAGAGCGAAUCCCAACAGAGAGCCGGCCGAGCUGGACGAACGUCUGCAGGGAAAUGCUUCAGAAUCUAUACUGAGGAAUUCUGGGAGAAGUGCAUGCCGGAGUAUACAGUUCCCGAGAUUCAGAGGACGAGCCUGACUGCAGUGAUACUCACGCUCAAGUGCCUCGGCAUUCAUGAUGUUAUUAGGUUUCCUUAUCUGGACUGUCCUGAGGAGAGGUUUAUCCUGGAAGCACUAAAACAGCUCUACCAGUUUGAUGCCAUUGACAGGAGAGGUAUGGUGACUAAGCUAGGGGAGUUGAUGGUGGAGUUCCCCCUGCACCCGGGCCUCACCAGAGCUUUGUUGAAAGCUGCCUCACUCGGCUGCCAGGACCUGCUGCUCCCUGUGGCCGCCAUGCUGUCUGUGGAGAACAUCUUCAUCAGGCCAGGUCAACCUGAGAAGCAGAAAGAGGCAGAUGAGAAGCACAGAGCCCUGGCCGCAAAGACGGGUGGCACGAAUGACUUUACCACCCUUCUCGGUGUGUUUCAGUCAUGUAAAUGCAGCGACAGACCGUCGGCAUGGUGUAAAGAGAACUGGAUCCACUGGAGGGCGCUGAAGUCGGCCUUUAAUGUAGAGACUCAGCUGCGAGAGAUUCUCAUCCGCCUCCAGCAGAGGAAAGAUUUCCCCGUAGAGACAUUUGAUGGCAGUAAAAGUGAGCUCUUCAGACGAUGUCUGUGCGUGGGAUAUUUCACCAAUGUUGCGAGAAGGUCUGUUGGAAAAGUGUUUUGCACAAUGGACGGGCAUGGAUCUAUGGUUCACAUUCAUCCAUCAUCGUCGCUGUUUGACCAGGAGGGAGAGCUCAACUGGAUCAUCUUUCACGAUGUGCUGGUGACUUCACGAGUGUACAUCAGAACGGUGUGUCCGGUCCGGUACGAGUGGGUGAAGGACUUGUUACCUAAACUCCAUGAGGUGGACGUCUAUGAGCUUAGCAGCGUUGCAAGGGAAGAAGUUACCGAUGAGGAGAUGGUGAAAUGGGAGACCAGGGAGGCAGUCAAAAGACAACAAGAGGUUUCAACUGAAGACGUCAUGAAGAAGCUGGAGAAGCGAAACGACGAAACCACAGUCAGCGAUGCCCGUGCUCGCUACCUGCAGCGAAAGAAAGAGAGACAACAAAGUAAAGCGCUUUGACGGAAACAACUCAGCUGUUGAAGAUAAUUUUUUUUUUACAGUUGUUUUUACAGUUUUAAAAAUGGCAUUUGAAUAAU